GCAGUUUAGAAUAGUACGUAUAUAGUUAUCAAUUAAUAGUAUUAAUUCUUGAAAUGGUUUGUCAUAAGCAUCAAAACAAUUGCAUUUUACAUUUUACUAUACCACUAAUGCACGAAGACGUCGGUUUUGUGUAAGUAAUAUUGGAUCCUAAAUCAAACAGUUUAUUUUUGAAAAAAUGAAAAAAAAAAUUUGUUUGUAUGUUAGAGUUCUGCAUAUGGGUUCAUUUUUCAGCAUUUAUGGAAAUUUCAAGAAACGUUGACACGAUGUGGUCGAAAACCGUCACUUUUACUGUUUAUCUGUGGCUGUUGGUUGUCGUAGAUUUCCAAUUUGCGUUCGCCGCCCAAGAUGCCACGCACGAAGACAUCAGAACGGCAAUAUAUUCAUUCGCUCACUCGUUACGCGAUAACGUGGACAAAUUGGAGCGACACGAAAGGCGUGAAAAACAAUCGGGUGAUCAAAUGCAAAAUAUGCUGUUGACGAUCGUGAACAAGCAGAGGGAACAAUACGUAGAAGACAAGGAGCUCGAGACGGCCAUCAAAGGAUUGGAGGAGAGCUUGAGCGCAUUGACGAGAGCAGAAACAGAGGAGGCUGCCGAUAGAGAAAGCAUGAAAGCUAUGUUGGAGAAAUUGGACAAGCUCAUCCUUUCUGGUGAAGCCGAAGUCAAGUCUAUGUUGAAAACGGAACAAAAGUCCUCAAACCAACUGUACCAGUCGUUCGACAACAAGCUGACCACUAUGACAGAACAGAUUAGUGCGUUACAGUCCCGAUUUGAUUCUCUGGAACAGGCUCCCAAGUCCAAUGUAACCAACGACGUUAUCUUUGAACUUCUGAACAAAAUUAUCGACCAGAGCUCCCGCAACAGCGACACGGUAUCAGAGCCCGCAAACGCCACAUCUCAGCUGGUACAGGAGACCAGACACGUGGUCAUGGAGGCGGUCAAGUCGUUGUCGGACCGGAUAGACGACAGCGAGCGGAAGCGCGCUGCGUCGGACGCCAAAUUGACGGUAGUGGCCGAGUCGGCCGCCGCGUUCCAAGACGACGUGCAGAACAGCUUCCGGUUGAUGUCGAACGAAGUUAAGACACUAUCGGACGUGGAGAAAGUACUGGUGCAGACGGCGGACAACGUGCUGGACACGAAGCGGAGAAUCGAGUACGGCACGCACCAGAUACUGAUGGAAGUGACCGCGGUGAUCAACGACCGGUCCAAGGAGCUGAACGAUUCGGUGAACGCCGGCCUGGAACGGGCGGUGAAGACGGUGCUGGACGCGCAGUCCGUGGGCAUGGCCAACCUGAGCGUCAAGAUCGAAACGGAAAUCAGCCAGGUGUGGAGGCAGAUCGGAAUCAUGUACCAGACGCUCACCGACUCGGCGUCCACGCUGGCCACGCUCCAGCGGCAAACGGACAUGUUCGUCAACAGCACGGCCACGUCGGUGGAAGGCAUGAACGGAAAGGUGUCGGCGAUCGCAGGCCGCAUGACAGAGGUGGACGAGAACCUCAACUACCUGCUCGGACGCCUGUCCCUGGUCACGCAGGAGUUCAAGGAGAUCAAAGUCGGGCUGGGCGAGGCGCUGGAGAGCAUCAGGGUCGGGCUGCAGGCGGUGCAAGGCAACAAGACGACGGUGGACUUGGGCCCCGGCCCGAACCCCAUCGACGAAGAACCCUUGUCGGAAAACCUCAACCAGAACAUACUGUCGAAAACCGUUUACACGGUGACUUAAGCCGAUCAAAAUUAUCAAUAUUAUUAUUAUAUCAUUAUAAUUAUGUCAUUUUCUUUUUUUUUUCUUAUACAAUACUAUACUGUUGGUAAGUCCGGAAAAUAUCAUCACCCUGUUUUUAUCGAUUGCAGUGAUUAGAAAUAGAAAAACCUUUAAAAUGUUAACACCUCCAUUUACAUAUACUUACUUCAUUUUGCUUUGAUGGUCUGAAGUAAACGAAUACAAAUUACAGGUAAUUAUUUAGUUUGUUUAAGAUUAUCGUAAAUUGUAAUGAUUAUAUUUGUUAUGUUAUAACGUAGGAUACGGUGACGACCAGAUAAAUAUAAGUAAAUAAUACACCGAAUAAUGGAGAAAAAUCUAAAAAUA